AUUACGGGGAGAAGCACUUUCAGCAGCUUCGUUGAACGCUUCUGGUUCGUUCAGAAGUUGUGUUUGGUGAUUCCUUCCUCUUCAGUUGAGGCUAGAACUGUGAGGGGGGUCACCUGCAGAAUGACCACUGGACUGCAAUGUUUUUUUGAACAAUACAAGAAGUUUUGUGAAGAUUCGUCUUUGGGACACAAUGGAAUUUGCCAUGAUAAAGAAUUAAAAGAACUAAUCAAACAAUGGUUAAUAAAAAGGGGUGCAGAUUUGGCCACCUUGCUGUGGGUUGAUGUGCAUGAAAUUAUUGCCACAUCCCUGCAAAGGUCACAGAAUUACCCAAAUAUAUUCAAGAAGCUGAUUGGGGCUUUUGAACUAUUGGAAAUGGCUGCUGUCAACCUCUUUCUGUACCCCUGGAGAAAAGAGUUCAGAACAAUAAAAACUUUUUCAGGAGCCUAUGUGUACCACCUAAAACCUACAAUCUGUAAUGAAGACCUUGUAAGAAUUUUUAAGAAAAUGGGCUACAAGCUGAAGAAUAACCUUGAACUUGAAAUGAAGGAUCUUCCAGAUUCUUUGCAAUUGAGCAGGCUAGCGUUUGACUUCUUUGUUGCAAGAAUUGAAUGUGAAAUCUUGUUGGAAGUAGUGGGAAAACUUGACCACUAUAAGAUUUCAGUUAAAGAAUUACUUUGGGAAAGAAAAUUAAUGAUCAGUGUUGAUAGUUGUGUGGAAAAGCUAAACCUGACCUAUUCUGCUGCUGAGACCGAGAGAGAAAAUCAAUUCAAAAGAACACUGCCAUCUUUCUACACUGCAGAAGAUAUUGAUGUGGAUUUAAGACCUAAUUCUAAUGCAAAUAAUCAAACCAGUUCUUCUUCCCAGUGGGAAUACAAUGGAAGUACAAUCCCAUUGGCAAUGAAUGGACUGUACAGGUCUUCCAGUAGUGAUCAGUAUAAGGAUGAUACUUGCAGCAAACACAUUACUGGAAUCCCUGGUACUGAGUGUAUUCCUCCUUUGAACAUUAAUGACUGUAAACUGGAGGAAUCUCAAGGUCUACCUAAAAACAGACCUGAGUUAAAUUCUAUUAGUAACUUCCAUACAGCUCGAAAUGGUUUGGAUCUGAAAAAUUACAGAUUGCAUUACUGCCUUGCUGGUGGUGAAUCAGUUCGCUACUGUUGUGAAACAUGUUGCACAGCUCAUAGCAUUUCAUGUGACAGUAUGAAAAAUUGUACAGGUCAUCCUUUCACAUUUUUUGACGGUGAAAACUCUGUUUAUCCCCAACAGGCUGAAGCUGCAUGUGAUAACCUGGGCCAAUCAUCACAUGCAAGUAUAUUAAAAAUAGAUCCAGCCUGUGUGAUUUGUUACGAUUUACCAACACAUAUCUGUAAUGAAUGUGGCAUGUGUAUGUGUUCAUACUGUGGUUACAGAUGUGAACUAGCGUGUAAGAAAUGUGACAAAAUGCUUAAUAAGUUCAAACCCUGAUUAUUUUUGACACCCAUUACCAGUUUAUGGUGAAAACUGAACGGCUUGCAAAAAAGUGAGUUAUGUGAUGGAUCAGUAAAAUAGUGGCUCUUUGUAUAAUUAUUGCUUCUGAAAACAUUUUGAUUGUAAUGUAUUCUCUUAUAUUAAUAAAAAUUGUUGUCUCUGAUCAGAUAUUUUCCAAACUUGAAUAAACGAUUGUCAUUUUGUAUUAAGCUGUUUGAAUCUGGAAGUGCCUGAUACUUAUGGCAAUGUGCAGAGUCAAAUUUUACAAGUUUUAAUAUUGGUUGUUUGGGAUAACUUAUUGGGGGAGGGGGAGGGGAAAGAGAAUUAAAAUCUACAGCUCUUCUCCUUUUGGGUCAAUUCCUCUUUUAGAUUUCCCAAAUGUAAAUACAGUUAACUGUGUGUGAGUACAGCAGUCAUAUCCACAAGCAACUGAUAUUAGAACAAGGAAGAAAUAUUAUGUGCAUAGUAAACAUGACUUUAGAGCUUCAAAAAGAUAUUGUUGGCCUAAAAUCUCAUUGCUUUUAGAUGGAACUUCUGAUGACAUCAUGGUUCUAUGAUUAAUUCUGAUCACUGCAAUGGUAUACAGUGAGAAGGGAAUCACUGACAGCAGCUUCUAGCUCUCCCUCAUUCUGAGGGUGUACAGGCUGCACCUGUUCUUGUCAUGUUUACACAGUAAAACCUGAGGAUCUCUGACAAUUUUGCCAAUAUUUGCUCUUGUCUGGUGUCUUUCAAGCUGCCACUGCUCAUCCUUUCCUGAAACUUCCAUGCUUUCUUUCCUCUAACUCUACUAAAAUAGUGGCUCUUUGUAAAAUUGUUGCUUCUGAAAACAUUUUGACUGUAAUGUAUUUUCUUAUUUUAAUAUAAGAAUUGAUGUUUGGUAUCAAAAGAACCUGUUCCAAACUCAUUGGACUUUAAGUGAGAUUUGUCACCCAUCAUCCCAACCAGGGUUUCAGCAACCUGUGCUUCUGUUUUGGCACAAAUCCAAAUUUGAGGUACCAACAGUAGUUGGUACUGUUUAAACGCCAACAGUAACAGAAUUCAUUCAUUUUGACAGCCACACAUUUUAAUAGUAACUAUGAUUGAUUUCCUUCUGGAAAGAACAUUUAGAAGCAGUAGUAGUUCUGUACCUGUUCUGCUGGUUGGUCACUUUAAGAACCUGAUACUGUAUGUUUCCCUUGAUUUUAAUCUGCCUCAAAUGUACUCAGUAACUGAGCCCCUAAAGAAAAUAGAGAAUUCUAAAGAUUCACUGCUUUCUCUAGGUGAAGAAAUUUCUUCUUGCUUGCCUAGAAUGGCUGAUCCUUGGGAAUUUUGACUUUUGGUUCUAGACACCCCGGCCAGGAGAAGCAUCAUCUUGUAUCCAUCCUGCCAAACCUUGUAAACAUUUUCUUUCAUUGAAAUCACCAUUCAUUCUUCUAAUCUUUCCUUGCAGGAUUAUCCCAGAAAUCAAUCUGAUAAACCUUUGACAUUCUCUCUAUUGCAAGUAUACCCCUCCUUUUUGGGUAAGGAGACCAGGCUGGUAAUGGUCUGUUGAGGCUAUAUAGAAUUGGUGUGAGAGGUUUUUACUGUUGUCCUUAAAUCCUUUUGCAAUAAGAGCCAAUGUGGCAAUUGCAUUCCUAAUUAAUUGUUGUAACUGUGCAUUAAUUUUCAGUGAUUCCUAUACAAGGAAGCCUGGGACCCUCUGAACCACACCUUUUCAAUCUCUUGUCAUUUUUUAAAAAAAUACUGC